AUGACUGCUACGGAGCCAACCAGCAGACCAUCCUCUGGGUCCAAAAGCAUUUCCUUUGAUCUGCCUGCACACUCCAUCACAGAUCCCAACUCCAACAUCAUGAAUGUUCCAAGGCCUAAAUCUGCCAAAGGUCGGAGUCGCUCUAACUCGGCGUAUGUUCACGGCACAGAGACUUGUUCCUAUCCUGUUCCGAUUCCAACUACCUUCAGUGAUAGGAGCGGCUGCCCCUCAUCCUCGCCCCCCGCCCCUGUCUUAUAUCCACACACCAGGAUCACUCGCGUGACUAAAGAGGAAGUCCCAGAACUUCUCCAUCCUCUACCUUCUCGUCCAUCGUCAUCCUUAAAUCGGUACAGAGUUCUACCCUCCAUUGGGACCAGCGUCAUCAGAACAAAGACUCCAGACCAUAACGUGGACUUAAACAUUGACUUUGAAGAAAAAUUAAGCUUACAUGGGGAAAAGAAGCCAUCACACUUUAAAUCCAAAAGUGCAACUUCCAGAGAACAUUCCCUUGUCUUCCCACUGGACGAACCUUCAGAAUCUGAGCCGAAAUUGCGACUUGCUGUGAGGUACCCAUCGGGCCAGAGAUUUGAGCGUUGCUUCAGGCCUACAGAUACGCUGCAGACUAUCCUCUCUGUGGCAGAAUGGAGGAGUGAUGGCGACUAUAGGAAUUUUGUAGUUGAAACGAUGGAUGUGCCUAGGAGGAGCUUCAAUGAUUUGUCGAAGACACUGGAGGAAUGUGGAAUUCAGAAUAAAUCAGUUCUUUGUAUUUUACAUGAUGAUGAUGAUUAAUGCAUGUGUUAGUGACUUGUGUAUCAAUUUUCCUAUUGAAAAUUGUAAGACGAUGUCAAACCUAUGGAGCUCCAGAAAUUUUUCCAAUUUGUUAAUACUUAUAACCAUAAAUUCACAUCAAUGGGACAAACAGCAUAACUUCAGUGGCAAACGCAAGACAUUCUGCAGGUACUGGAAAUCCAGAGCAACAUGCACAAGAUGCUGGAGGAACUCGGCAGGUCAUCUGUGGAGAGGAAUAAGCAGUCAACGAUUCAGGCUGAGACCGUUCGUCAGGACUGGAAAGGAAGGGGGAAGAUGUCAGAGUA